UUCACUUUUGAACGUACAGCUUGGUGCUCCAAAUUUUUGUUCUGGAAACUCUUCUAUUCCCUCUUCUCUCUUCCUUUCUCUCUCUCUCUCUCUAGCUAUACUCUGUUCUAGUGUUCUGUUUCUAUAACAGAAAAAAUGGGUGUUCUUGAUUAUCUUUCAGACUAUUUCUCUGUGUCCCCCUCCACUGGAAAGAAGCGUAAACCAAUGCAGACAGUUGAAAUCAAAGUGAAAAUGGACUGUGAUGGAUGUGAAAGAAGAGUUAGGAAUUCGGUUGCCCACAUGAAAGGUGUGAGAUCAGUGGAGAUCAAUAGAAAGCAAAGCAAGGUAACUGUUAGUGGUUACGUGGACCGAAACAGGGUGUUAAAGAAAGUGCAGAGCACAGGAAAGAGAGCAGAGUUUUGGCCAUACAUUCCAUACAACUUAGUGGCUUAUCCUUAUGUAGCACAAGUAUAUGACAAGAAGGCACCAGCUGGUUAUGUGAAGAACUCUGUCCAAGCACUUCCAAGCCCAAAUGCUCUGGAUGACAAGCUCACCAAUCUCUUCAGUGAUGAAAACCCCAAUGCAUGUUCUAUCAUGUAAUAAGCCAAUUAUAGACUAUACAACAUGGGCUUGCAAGUUAGAUGAUAUAUGUGAUGUCCAUGGUUCUUGCUCUGAUCAUGGAUACAAUUUUGGAAACUACUUUAAUACCAGGACUUUGAGACUGUUUUGUAACAGCA